GUCUACUCUGCUGCACGAAAAGCAGGAAGCAGACAGAGCCCCGUGUGCGGUUAGCUCGGAGCUAAAGCUAAAAACACUUUGUUAAAAUGUCCAAAGGCCAAACGCUGAGAGCUUUGGUGAAUGAGCGGCUGACUGCGGCUGCUGAAGAGAUCUUUGCGCUGUUUGAAAGAACGAUAGCGGAGUAUGAGGAGGAACUGUGUCGCUCCAAAGAGGAGAACCAGAGGAACCAGGACACUCCACAGACUCCACGGAUUAAAGAGGAGCCAGAGGAGCAGAGCGUCAAACAGGAGGAAGACACGCUCCCAGCACAGCUCCUAGUGAGUGUCCCAGAGUCCAGUGCUGUCUGUGUGAAGACAGAAGAGUCCUCACUGCUUCAUCAUAGACAAACUGAGCACAGAGAAGAAACACAGGGAGAGGACAUCAGCACAGAGCCACAUUUACACUCAGAGACUGAGGGACACACGGAGCACUCCUCUGACACUGACAAUGAUGAAAACUGUAAAGCUCCAUUCAGCUGUUCAGCUGCACAGAUGGUUGCAGUGGUCUCCAUCAGCCUCUGUCUCCAAGUCCAGAAAGGCCAAACGCUGAGAGCUUUGGUGAAUGAGCGGCUGACUGCGGCUGCUGAAGAGAUCUUUGCGCUGUUUGAAAGAACAAUAGUGGAGUAUAAGGAGGAACUGUGUCGCUCCAAAGAGGAGAACCAGAGGAACCAGGACACUCCACAGACUCCACGGAUUAAAGAGGAGCCAGAGGAGCUCAGCAUCAAACAGGAGGAAGACACGCUCCCAGCACAGGGUGAGGAUGCCACUUGCAGCCUUGAAAAUGUGCCUUCUGCCAGUGAAUUUCCAACUCGUGCCACUCAGGGUGAGGAUGAUACUUGCAACCUGCAAAAUGUCCUUUCUACCAGUGACCUUCCACCAUGUGACACUCAGCAUGAUGGAGCCGGAAACAGCCUAAAUACUGUGCCUUCUGCUACCAGUGACAUCCCAACAUGUGACAAUCAGGCCAAUGAAAAUACAUACAAGUCUAUACCAAGUCAUUCUGAAUCAUCUGAUGAUGACGAUGCCCAUGUACCAAAACUGCAAAGAACCAAAAGCUUGUUUAUGAAGUCAACUCUUCCACCCUAUGAGGAUUGGUGUGAAUCGACUCCAGACAGCAGAGACGAGUAUGUUCCGGACUCCUGCGAUGAAAGUAGCAGUUCUCCUUCCGUGAGCAGCACACCUACACCCAGAAAAAAUAGGAAGUCCCUUCCAAGCCAAGCACAGAGUCCAGACAGCACUACUUCCUGUCUUGUACCAGCACCAGCAAAUUUCAAUUUGGAAGGAAAUGAUGAGGAUGAAGAAGUUGCUGAAGGCCAGGAUUUGAUGCCAACAAGCACACCUUCUGUGGUUGUUCAAGUUGUCACAAAGACAAGUGAUGGUUCCAGAAUGUAUAAUAAAAGACAAUAUUGUCUCUUUUGCUUUAAACCCUUCACGAAAAUGGCAAGGCACCUUGAAAGAAUCCAUUCAAAUGAGAAAGACGUAGCUUAUGCAAUACACUUCCCAAAAGGAUCAAAGGAAAGGAAGGUCCACUUGGAAUCACUCAGGAAUAAAGGCAAUUAUCUUCAUAAUGCUGAAGUGAUAAAAACUGGCAAAGGAGAACUAGUUCCUCGAAAAAGACCGUGCAAAAAUGCAGGACACACAGAUUUCAUGCAUUGUGCUUACUGCCACGGUCUCUUCAUGAGAAAGGUGUUAUGGCAACACAUAAAAAUCUGUCGACUGCGUCCUACAAAUCAUUCUGUCAAACCUGGAAUGACUCGGGUUCAGGCUAUCUGUGCCUAUAUAGAGCCAAAUCCUUCACACAUAACUAAAAAGUUAUGGAAGCUUCUUAGUGACAUGACACAAGAUGAUAUUACAAGGGCAGUUAAGAACGACCCUUCUGUAUUGCAACUGGGACAACACUUUCUGAACAAGUGUGGUUCUAACAUAAAGAGACAUGCGUAUAUCAGGCAGAAAAUGCGAGAACUUGGCCGACUUCUUGUAAAUGCCCAACAGAUUGCACCUGUGAAAGAAAUGAAGGACCUAAUAGAUGCCAAAAACUACCUCACACUUGUUAAGGCUGUUAAAAAAACAUGCGGUUACAAAAGUGACGAAGAACAAUUUAGAAUUGGAUCCAUUGCACAUAAACUUGGACACAGUCUCACAAAACUAGGCAAACUGAUGGAAAGCAAUGCCAGAAUGGCAGGAGAUGAGGAAGCACUUGAGAGAGCCACUAACUUCCAGAAAGUACAUGCAGCUCAAUGGAAUGACUUUAUACCCUCAACAGCACUUAGGAAUAUUAGUGAGGUAAAAUGGAAUGUUCCACAGAUCCUCCCAUUCACAGAGGAUAUACAGGCUCUUCAUUCAUUCCUGGACAGGAAGGGUUCAGAAUACAUGGAAUGCCUAAGCACAAAGCCCUCAGCUGAAAACUGGUCGUAUCUAGCAAAGGUUUGUCUUGCUGAAGUUAUUCUUUUCAACAGGAGAAGGGAAGGUGAGGUUUCCUCUAUGCCACUCUCUGCUUUUCUUUCAAGGGAUACAUCAGUGCCACAUGAAGAUGCAGAUUGGGCGCUAUCAGAGACUGAGAAAAAGCUGUGCCGUAAUUUUGUGAGGAUUGAGACUAAAGGAAAAUGGGGACGUAAAGUACCCAUCCUUUUAACACCAAAGAUGGUUGAGACACUGGAGCUGCUUGUCAAAACAAGACAGACGUGUGGCGUUCUACAGGAAAACCCUUAUUUGUUCGCCAGGCCAGCCUCAAUGUUCCAUCAGCGUGGCAGUUGCAUUGGUGUUUUUGCAAAGGCUUGCGGGGCAAAGAAUCCUGGUGCUAUUUCAUCCACAAAGUUGAGAAAACAUGCAGCAACAUUGUCUACAGUCCUUAAUAUGAAUGAAAAUGAAAUGGACCAGCUUGCUAACUUUCUUGGCCAUGACCUUUAUGUCCACCGCCAAUACUAUCGUCUCCCGGAAGGGACACUACAGCUUGCUAAAAUUAGCAAAGUGCUGAUGUCAUUGGAGCAAGGAAGACUCGUGGACUUCAAGGGGAAGAAUCUAGAUGAGAUCGAAAUAGAUCCAAAUGAGGUAGUCCAGGAUAUUGAAGAUGAAAUGGAGGAGGACAUGGAGUCACAGCUGAUUGAUUGCAAUGAACUCAACACCAACAAGGAGAGACCCAUAAGGUCACAAUCAACAGAUAAUAAUAAUUUGUGUGGAAAGGAGACCUUGGACACAGACAAGCGAGGAAACGAAAAGUCACAGCAAACAGGACCCGGAAGCAGAGCUCAGAAGAAGAAGUGGGAGAAAAAUGAGGUGGAGGCAGUCCAAAAGCAUUUGGGUGGAUUCAUCAAAUCCCUACGUGUCCCAGGAAAACAAGACUGUGAAAAAUGCAUACAGGCGGAACAAGACGUUCUCAAAACCCGUGACUGGCGAGCCGUAAAGUAUUUCGUCAAUAACAAAAUUGCUGCGCUGAAACGAAAGCUUUAACUGUUUUAAUUUUUCUGACCUUCAGGUUGCAGCACAGUGCAGUUAAUAAUGCCGUUUUGUUUUUACCUGUAUUAUACCUUUUACAGGUUUUUUUCUUUUUUUUUGUUUUGUUGUUACUGCCUUUAAGAAGUAUUGAAUAUUAUGCAGUGACUGCAUUGAUUAUCUUUAAGUUCUGUCUGCAUAACCAGUUGAACUGCUAAGAUUACCUUUAUGCUUAAACUGUUCCAAUAAAGGUUUUAGCAUUAUGUUUAAAGAUUGC